AUGGGGAAGCUGUGGCAGACCAUCAAGCGCCACGGCCACGACAGCAGUGGCGGCGGCGGCGGUGCGGGCGAGGGCCACGCAAUCCCCAAGGAUGAGGAGCUGGGCAGUUGCCCCCCUUUCGGCACCAAGGCGGUGUGGGGCCUGCGCUACACGAUGGAGGACAAGUGGGCCGCUGUGCCGAACAUGAUCGACGUGCCGACAGACUACACCGCACCAGCGCGCCGCACGAGCAUGGGCGCUGCUGCGGUGGCCGCCGGCGCGCUCGCUAGCGCGGCGGCCUCGUGCGGCUGCAUCGGCCGGGCCAGCCGCGAGUCGAAGCGGCUGCAGGAUGACCUGGCCGGCGGCGGGGAGCAGGAGGCGCUGAUCAGGGGCGGCAGCCAGGCGGGCGGUGGCUCGGGGUCGGGCGUCAGCGGCGGCGGCGGCGGCGGCAUCGACGCCCUGCACUACUUUGGCGUGUACGACGGCCACGGUGGCGCGGAGGCGGCGAAGCACUGCGCCGCGCGCAUGCACCACGUCCUGCUGGAGUGCAUCAGGGCAGCCCUCGACGGCGACGAGGCCGCGCUGCUGCAGACGCCGCCCGCGGCCGCCCCGCCCGCGGGGCAGGGGGACAAAAGCCACAGCGUGAGUGGUGACUGGGCAGGGGACUGGGGCGCCUGCGCAGCAAAGCGGGGGCGCGAGCGAUGUCGCGCCCGGCGGUGUGGGCCUGGUGGAUCCUGGCGGCGCCGCUGGCGCUGA